AUGGACGGAUCGGGAAUUUCUCGACCACGUAGUCAAGUCAAGCAGGUCGAAGAGACCUACCCUACGGUGUGCUCGUAUAAGUCCAGCUUGCAACCGUGCGACGCUGGUGCCUUCCAGAUGCUCGGCAAGUGCCUCCCUCGCCGCUGCGUUUCAGCCGCAUUCUCCACUCUCCCGAUCUCACAUCGAUGGCGUGCCGACCUCAAAAACCGAUCCCUAGCUGCCCAGAUAACUUCCCUCCUCCUCCACCGCAAGGAUUGGAUCCGCCGCCUCCGGUCCAAAUCCUUAUUCCUUCCUGGCCGCUCCUGCGACGACCUCGUUCGCCGAGUCCUUUCCAUGACCCGCUCCCACCCUGAUCUCUCCCUCGAAUUCUUCAAUUGGGCGCAGUCCGAUCUCGGUUACCGCCCGGACCUCCAUUCGCUUGCCGCAAUCGCGUGGACCCUCGUGGACGCCGGCCUCCUCGAUCGAGCUAGGUGGCUUCUGGAUCCAGUCCUGCUGUCCUACCACCCGCAUGUGGUUGUCAACUCGCUUUCCCGAGCCUCCCAACGUAAGGAUUCUCGAUCUAGGGCUCUUAAUUUUGUCCUUGAAACCUACUCCACUUCGGGGCUGAUUUCCGGUAGCUUGGAAAUUUUCAGAAAAAUCGUAGCUUUCAGGUGUCAAAUUACGACCCGUAGUUGCAAUGCGCUUCUUGACGCUCUGUCUUCCUCGGAUGUGGACGGGGAUGGUGUCAGGAUUGCCUGGCGUUGUUAUGCUGCUGCACUUCGAAAUGGCGCAGUGCCUGAUUCUCGCACUUGGUCGCUUCUGUCUCGGCUUCUUUGCAGGGAGGGGAAGCUUGAAAAGGCCGUCCUUUUGCUAGUUGUAGGGGGUUGCAGAGAUUCAGCUUAUGAUCUGGUCAUCGAUUGUUUCUGUAGGAAAGGAGAAUUUGGAGUUGCCAUUGGCCUCGUCCACAGAAUGCGUGAAGUCAACAUGAGACCGAGGUUUACUACUUAUUGCACAAUCCUUGAUAGUGGUUCUAGAUUUGGGGAUGACAAAAUAAUGGGUUUGAUGUUGAGAGAGAUGUUGGUUUAUGGUUUCCUCCCAACUGUUCCUUGCUUGGAUUAUGAUAGGAUUAUCUGCAGGCUUUGUGAGCUUGAGAAGAUCUAUGUGGCAAAAUUUUUCUUUGAUAGAGCUAGGAAACACAAUGUUGAAUUAGGAAAAAGAGUGUAUCUUUAUUUGCUAAAGACAAUGUCAAAGGAAGGAAUCGUGUGGGAUGCAUUGGAACUUUAUGGAAUAUUGUUGGAAAAGGGGAUCAAAGUGAAUCCUAGAAGUUGUAAGGUUUUUGUUAGUGGAAUUUGUAAUGGAAAUCCAUCAAUGGAAGUGGAUCAAGUGUUAGAAGCUUCCAUCAAAAGAGGGGUUGUGCCUAAAAUCUCUGAUCUCUCAAAAUAUAUAGCUGCGCAACUUAGCAAAUCUAUGUGGAAGGAAGCAGGUCAUCUGAUUGAUACUGCACUGCAAAAUGAAAUCUUGUUGGAUGGGUUUUGUUUCUAUGAUCUGGUCAGGUACUAUAGCACUAAUGGGCUUGUUGACUCAGCAUUGGAGUUGCAUGAAAGGUUGAAGAAAUUGGGGGGGUGUUUUGAUUUAUCCUCAUACAAAUUGCUCCUCAAAACACUGCUUGGAGAAAGACGGUCAGCCAAAGCUAUCCAAGUUUUUGACUAUAUGCAGGGAAAAGACAUUCUAGAUGGUGAUAUCUUUGUGACUAUGAUUUGUGAACUUUGUCACUCAGGGGAGAAUCGGAGGGCAAUGAAUCUGCAUGACGAGAUGUUGAAGCUUGGCUAUAAGCCUAAUGAAGCCAGCUACAGGAAUCUUAUUUCUCAUUUUUCAUGAGAGGUCCCUCUUCUUUUUUUGAACCCAUCCACUAACCAGUGGUUUCAUAUAUUUUUCAGUUGUUUUUCUCUAAUGUCAGUUUCACAGAACGUCUCUGAACUUCAGCAACUUGAAGAGGGUCCUAAUUAGAAGCUUGGUAUUCACACGUUAACAAUCAUACUCCUGCCAUUUGCUGAGUAGAGGAAUGCAAGAUAUGAUGAAUUCUAAUCCACAUUGUUGUGGACAUUAUGAUGAAGAUCCAUGGACGCUUUCUAUUUGCUACCAACUGCAAUCCAAACAAUUAUCUGCCAAGUUGGACUUGUUUUAUGCAUUAAAAUGUCUGCAGAGUACCUAAUCCUCGAGCCAAGUUUGAUAUCAGAUUAGCGACACGUUUGGAUAUUUUAGUUUGUUUGAAAAACAAUGAGUGAGCCUUGGUUCACUCAGAGAUAAUAUAAUUCUCUUGGUAGCCACACAAACAGCUCCUUCAAAGACAGGAAGGGAGCUCAAAUAAAAGACCUGUCAAGACAAGUAUCCACAAAAACAGAUGGUGAAGCACCAGCUAGCUAUUACAUAGACAAGAAGGAACUCUUCGAACGCUGUUAACCAUGAUGACCAGGUGAGAUAGAUGACUUGAGUAAUGCCUCAAUCUAUAGACUUCAUUCCCACCCUCCAAUAAAGGAGGCAGUCUGUCCGCAUACUCAGCGAGGUUAAAGCUCAGCUUGCUGGAGACAAGCUCAUCGAUUUAGCCAAAUAAAGUAAAGCAGUUCCCCAAUAAAGGUGAUUAUAAUCUUUUUCUCCCGUCGGCAACCAUAGUGGCUCCAUGAUAGCAGAAGCUCAAUUCUAGGACUUCCCAUUCAAGGAAGGCCAAGAGUAUUAAAGAGUGACCAAUCAAACGAUCUAUUCUAACUUUUUUGAUGACUCCUUGAUGGUGAAGCAAACUGAACAUUGUCUCAAAUCCUUUUCGUUUAUUUAUUUUUUUUGUCAGUAGGAGAUGAACUACCAAAUUCUGACUCACCUAAAUUAUUUAUUCAUUGUGUACAAGAUUGCCUUUAAGUUUAGUUGGGUGGACAAUUAGAAGACAAGUAAGCGAGAACAGAAACCCGGUAAUGAUGAUUUCUCUUAAACAUUUUUUUACAUACACCAGUCCCUUAAACACUCAUAGAACGUGAUGUACCCAAUUGCAACUCAUUCCAUUUGAAAAUUCCAAAAUACAAAACUUGGUCUCAUCUUGUUUUUAUGUCUGUUUUUUUCCUUUGAAUGAAUAGAUUUUAUGAGUUUGCUCAUCUUCAUUCCGUAACAGAAAGUACUAACAAACUUCGCU